AUGAGGGAAAAGAGCAUGACUUAUCUGUGGAUUAUUUUCGGUUUUUCUGCAGUCAAUUGCUUCAACUUUGACACUGAGAAUGCACAAGUGAAACAUGGAGAUCCGGACGGUUUGUUUGGCUUUUCCAUUGCUUUCCAUCAGCAGCUAAACUCGACCAAGACCAAUCUGUUGCUGGUUGGAGCGCCUCAGUCCAAACAUGCAGACCAUGAGAAUGUGACUGGUGUUGUUUACAAGUGUGACCUGAGCCGAGCAGAGGAGCAGUGCGAGCCGCUGCAGUUUGACCACACAGAGUUCUUAAAUAGUAAAGGCAUAAAAGGCCAAUGGAUGGGCGUCAGAGUGACGAGCCAAGGCCCAGGCAGGAAUGUGAUGAUUUGCGCUCACCGCUACAGGGAGUGGAGGCCUGAACAGUACAUUCCUCAUCUCAUAACGGGACAGUGUUAUCUGCUGGGGGACGGGUUGAGGCCGGGGCCAGAGGUGCGCUCAUGGAGGAGGGUGCUGUGUGACCCCCAGCACCUCCACAGCCGGGCGAACCAUGAGGGGUUUGCCUACUGUCAGCAAGGCCACGGGGCUGCGUUCGCCAAGGACAACACCUCACUGAUCUUUGGAGCACCAGGAGCGUACCAGUGGAAGGGAGUAGUACGAAUGGAGGCGAUUGACAACAAGAAUGAUUACAACACCGACGGUGAAGUCUUACAGGAGGCGGUCGCUCCUCGAGAGACGGGGGACAUCGCACAGUUCCAGCACACUCUCAUCCCCCUUCAGAGGAGCAGCUACUUGGGUUUUUCCAUUGACAGCAGCAUGUCUUUGGUCCGAAAGGGUGAGCUGACCAUCGUGUCCGGGGCUCCCAGAGGAGGCUACAGUGGACAGGUGGCCUUCCUGAAGAUGGACCCAGAGGCCAGACAGAACCUCCACAUUGAGCUGCUCUUGUCUGGACCUGGACUGGCCUCCUCUUUCGGAUACGAUUUAGCUGUAGCGGAUCUGAACGGUGACGGUUGGGAUGACUUGAUUGUAGGAGCACCACAGUUUUUUGUGAAAAAUGGUGAAGUGGGAGGCGCUGUCUACGUCUAUAUCAACAAUAAAGGAGCAAACUGGGAACACACGGACCCUCUGCUGGGACAAACAGACUCCAUGUUCGGCCUUGCAGUUGGGAACAUUGGGGACGUCAAUCAGGAUGGAUUUGGAGAUUUUGCUGUCGGAGCUCCAUAUGAAAACCAGGGCCGAGUUUACAUUUACUGUGGCUCCCAAAGAGGUAUUAACAAGAAGCCGGCACAAGUCAUUUCACCGGCGUUGAAUGGAGUCCGUUUGUUUGGAUAUUCUCUGUCUGGAGACCUGGAUGUGGACGAUAACCAGCACCCUGACCUGGCCGUGGGCGCGCUCUCCGGGACGGUCUUUAUUUACAGAGCAAAGCCGGUGGUCAGUGUCUCCAUCUCUCUAAAGCUAACACCCUACGUGAUUGACAUCGCAAAGGAGAACUGUCAAACUCGGAACUGUUACUUUGAAGCCAAAGCUUGUUAUCGUUACACAGCAAACCUCGGGACUUUGAACCCCAAACUGUUGUUGAACUUCUCUCUGGAGGCCGACUCUGAGCGGAGGAAGGCUCGGCUGGCUCCCAGAAUGCACUUUGUGGGCACAAACAGAGGACAGCUGGAACUGCCUGCACAGAAUGUGGACGAGUGUAGAAUCAUGCAGCUCAAACUCGUGCAAAACAUCACAGAUAAGCUGCACAAGAUCCCUAUUUCCGUGGCUGUGUCCCUGGUGAGCUCCCCCCCCAGCACCAGGACCGGCCAGUCCCGUCUGUCCCCAGUGCUCAACAUCUAUCAGCACAAGAGAACCGUCUCGGAGAUUACAUUGAUAAAUCCAGGCUGUGGUGCAGAUAAUAUUUGCCAAAGCCAGCUCACAAUGGGAUACAAGUUCUGCUCAAUAAAGGAAAAGAAUGGUGUCAGCGUGUUCCAAUCCCUACACAGGGACAGUGGACCUGCAGUCAUCACUCCCUCUGACAAAGUCGUUGCUCUGGAAAUAACAGUCUCAAACAUGAACGGGGACGACGCUCACCAGAGCCGGCUCGUCAUGAUGCUGCCAGAUACUCUACGUUACGACAAAAUGGAACCACACACGGCAGCAAACGGUCCAGAGAGCUGCAGCUCCGACAACAACGGGACUCUGGUGAACUGCGAACUGGGGAAUCCACUGCAGAGAGACGCUCAGGUUACAUUUUAUGUCAUUAUGGCGACCUCCAACACCCCCCUGAGCACAAAUCAGGUCAACCUCACUCUUCAACUCAAAACGAGCAGUGAGCAGCUCUUGAAGCCGCUGGAAGUUUUUGCCAGAGUGGUGUUUGAACUCAAGUUGCAACUACAAGGACUUCCUCGACCGUCCCAGGUUUCCUUGGGGGAAAGCUGGAAAGGAGAAAGUGGCGUUCACUCAGUCGGGGACAUCGGUUCAACGGUCGAAUAUGAAUUCCGAAUCACCAAUUUGGGAAGACCUCUGGAAUCUUUUGCCAAUAUUUCCUUGAACGUCCUCUGGCCCAAAGAGAACGCUGUGGGGAAGUGGCUGCUUUAUCUGAGCCACGUCAGCAGCAAAGGAGUGCAGCCGCUUCAGUGCUCGCCUGGAGCCGAGAUCAACCCCCUCAAACACCACAAGGGCAGGUUUGACCCCCAGAGGAGGCGGCGAGACGUGGCACCAGAGCCCGAGCCACUGUCCACUGACUCCUUCACUUUAAUUACCCAGAAGAGGACUCACCGGACACUGACAUGCGCUGAUGGACUGAGGUGUGUGGAGAUCCGCUGCCCUCUGCUGGCGCUGGACAGAAUUGCGCACAUUGUGCUGCACUCACGUGUGUGGAACACUACUUUCACAGAGGACUAUAACUCAUUUAACUACCUGGAAAUUGUGGUGGAUGCAUUUCUCAGUUUGACCAACUCUCCAGAGAAUAUUGGGCUGUUGUCUGAGUCGAAGACAAAGGUCGAACUCACAGUGUUCCUGCCGAAGAGGGUGGAGUACCUGACCAAAGUGGCCUGGUGGAUCAUCCUGCUCACAGUCAUCACGCUGCUGCUGCUGCUGGCGUUUAUCGCUUUCAUGAUGUGGAAGUAUGGACCUGCCAAACGCAUCAUUCGAAACAAGAAGCUCCAACAUAAACAGCAGACGUCGGAGACAGAGCAGCUGAGGUUUUAG